AUGCAGUCCAGCACUCUUCGGCCACCGAACAGCCACCUCCUGAGUGAUGAAGUCGUUGCAAGUUUGGCUCAAAACUCCACGCGGGCAGCCAACGAUGAUGACAACGUCAUCAUCGUUGCCAGUCGUCAGGAUCCGCCACUACCCCGUAAGCAAACACGUGGAGUUACACAAAGCCAUCCACCGCACGCCACAUCGAAAGAUCAACACUACAAGAGGCAAAAGACCCCAACGAGUUUCAGCUCCAAGUCGCAACAAAUUCUCGCCAGUGGCGAGGCUACGAUCCCUCAAUUCCUGGGGCUCAGUGGGCACGUUGGACGAAUACAACAUCGCCCAAACCAAGAGCGAUACAGAAAGAAGCAAGCAGAUCUGCUUCCAACUCGCGAGAAGGACACGCAGCAGCUUUGGGCAGAGAUUCACACGCUGAGGUACCAACGUCUUGGCUUACCCGCAGGUGUUACGACCAAGAAGGGCCUCUGGGAUGUAGUCGCGGACUAUUUCCGACAAUUUCGCCACGGACUCCACGCGAGCGCAAAUGUCAGAACCGUCCAGCUAGAUUUCGUGCGCACCACGAUGGCUACAGACGUUGUCUUCAACACGGAAUAUGGCAUCGAGGCCAUGCGGAGGAGCUGGUGCUUUCUGCGAUGGUUCGACGACGUCGAAGUGGAGCUAGAAAACUUGCAAAAGAGCAGCAAGAUGUCGCUAAAUGCGACCAUGACAACAAGCGUGACGAUCACGAAUCGAACGUUGAGCAACGUGUUUCCUUACCUGAAGAAAAGCAGUAGCUUGGCGUGCAAACUUGUGGGUCAGCGCAUCGUGAUGCGUGGUUCGGCUCGCUUUGACUGGGAUAGUUCGACCAGCCGCGUGACGAGCGUGAUAUCACAGAGCGACAUGUUGACCCCAAUGCUGCGUCUGCUGGGAAGCUUUGAGGACGUGAGUCAAGUGUUCGAUCAGGCGCUCAUUUCGCCCGAGUUCCAGUGGAGAUCAAUGUCCUAA